UUCUCGCCGGAUCUUCUCAGUGGGUCGCGAUUCCGAUCCGGCGGUAGCUUCUGCGAAGCACUGCUUUUCCUAGGGCUAGUAUUAUCGAAUUCUCAAGCUAAGUUGAGCCCGUGAGCUGACCUACUCGUCUGCGCGAAGCUAGAAUAGAGCAUCUUAGGCUACUAGCAAAUAUGUAAAGAAAAAAAACAACAGUCCAGUAUUAAAUGUCUAUGGCAGUUCGUAGAUACGUGAGCACCGUCACGCAACUAGAGACGAAAAUCUCAUCACCAUAGUGUAAACCGUUUGUUUACUCUUCAAAUCUAUCAAUGUUUCUCAGCAGGAAUUAGCACGCAAUUAAUACGUUGUACUACCUGUCAAGUUCACCUGAAUUCAGAUUAAAAAAACCAAUAGAUGACCGAAAUGUCAACUGAAUGGGAAUCGGAGUCAGAGAUCAAGAAACCCGUAAAGGAUGUGCCGGUAGUUCAAGAUCAAGGUCUUUUCAAACACGAUACUGGUGACACUUACGACGGAUACUUUGAAGCGAAAAAGAAAGAUCGAAGUGUUAAGAUGCAUGGACCAGGAGUGUACAUUACGGCUGAAGGGGACAGCUACAAGGGCGUUUGGGAGAACGAUCGUCUAGGAGCAAACGAUGAAGUAAUAAUACAUUUUUCUGAUGACGCGAGGUACGAAGGUCAAUUGAAAGAUUGGAGUUUCUGGGGUCCUGGAAAGUAUUACUAUCCGGAUGGAAGUGUUGUUCGUUGUGAUUUUAACGACAACUGUCCAGUUGGGAAUAUGGUAUUAAGUGAUCCAAACGGACAUGUCUGGCUUGGGAAAGCGGAGCUAGGCUGUGGAUGGUUCGGGCCAGUGAAUCAUUUUUAUGAGAUGUUGGAGAAAACACGGGACGUGUCUCGUAAGCACGUUCCAAAGAUGAAAGAGGAUUCCGUUAAAGCCCAGUUGCAGAAACCUAUAAAAGCUGAACAAUAAUGAUUUUAAUAGUAUCUCCAGAUAUUUACAGAUGUUUUAAAAAUUUGAAAUAAAUUUAAUUCGAAAGAC